UUUAGGUAGUGCAUUUUCAUGAACAUUGGUUUUCUUGAGGUUAUUUCCGCGAGCCAGAAUUUUAUUUGACAAGCGAAAUUGUCUUCGUGAAAUUGUCUCUUUGAUUUUCGUAUUUAACUUUGUAUCUGAAGAAAAGAAAUCACCAUGGCGGGAGCACAGUAUAACAUGAGAAAUCCAGCUGUCAAGAGAUUGAUGAAAGAAGCACAGGAAUUGAAGGAUCCAACAGAACAAUACUUUUGUCAGCCAUUAGAUGAUAAUCUUUUUGAAUGGCACUUCACAAUUCGUGGACCAGAUGAUUCAGAUUUUGAGAGUGGUAUCUAUCAUGGCCGCAUCAUAUUGCCUCCUGAAUACCCGAUGAAGCCCCCGAGUAUCAUUUUGCUGACGCCCAAUGGGAGGUUUGAGUUGAAUGCGAAGAUCUGUUUGAGCAUUUCUGGUCAUCAUCCUGAAUCUUGGAGGCCAUCUUGGUCAAUUCGGACAGCCAUUUUGGCCAUCAUUGGUUUCAUGCCAACGCAUGGUAAUGGGGCCAUUGGAUCACUUGAUUAUCCUGCUGAGGAAAGGAAGAAAUUGGCAAGAAGAUCACAAGAAUGGAAGUGUCAGCAGUGUGGUAGCAUAAAAAAUCUACUGAAACCUGUUACCGAAGCUUCUAAAGAGACACAGAGAGAAGCCCAGGAAUUGGCCUCACAAAUAUCGUUCAAGGCUGAGGGGGAGAAGAAGAAAGAUGUGACGCCCUCACCAGAAGAAAAGGAGAACUCACAGUCUACAGCACAGACAAUGCCAUCAUCCACAAGACAGUCAGCUGCACCAGGCUAUCCCCCAUUUGCUUAUCCCCAAAAUAUGAUGUUUCCUCCAGUUCAAGGGAUGCCCCAAUUUCCACAGACAACGCAGGCUAUCCAAGGACCAGUGCCACAAUGUCCUCAGAUGCCAUUCCAUUACCCAUUUGGGCAGAUGCCUAUGAUGGGGAUGUACCCUGGUCAGGUCCCCACGAGUAACCAAGGACAAUUGCCAACUUGGCCUCAAGGAGUUCCUUUCAAUCCUUUCAUGCCGUUUAUGCCUUAUAUGCCACCAACAACUGGUGGUCCAUAUUCGUUUCCAGGGAUGCCUCCUGGAAUGGGUAUGCCGCCUGGGAUGGGCAUGCCCCCUGGAAUGGGUAUGCCGCCUGGGAUGGGCAUGCCCCCUGGAAUGGGUAUACAGGCUGGUAUGCCGAAUCAAUUUAUGCCACCAGUGCAGCCUGGUGCAACGGCUGAAUCUUCAAGAGCACAGACUACAACUCCCAGUGCAGGUGCCAUCCAGAGACCAGUUGCUUCUCAGUCAGUUUCAAAUGUGUCAUCUGCGCCUAGCUCCAUAUCUGCUCCGAGUUCACCCAUCACCUCUGCCCCAGCCAUAUCCACAACAGACUCUGAGCUCCGACAAAGAAGUGUUAGACAGGUGCCCCAAGCAGAAGAGACGCCUGAAGCCAUCAGAAAUAUGCAAUAUGCUGAGCUCCAUGCUGAAGUGCAGCAGCCUCCCUUGAUUGACACUUUCUCUUUUAUCGUGUUCAUACUGUGUAGUAUUGGUAUAGCACUGCUAACAAUGAGACGACUGGGAUUAUUUGAUGCAUUACUUGAUGAAUUUCAAUGAAUCUGAUGGUGCUUGGACACAAAUAACUUAUUUUCUUCAAGAAUUUGAAUGCGAUUUUUGAAUUUGUGUAUGGGAUUUGGAUCUUGAACUUACAACAAAAUAAUUAUUGUAUUUUUGUCAGUAUGUGUAUGUGCUCCUAGAGAUAUUGACUAAAUUUUUGGAUCAUCUAUGUUGAACUUGUGGCCCCUAUGAAAUGUAUGACUGUGUUAGUGCCUCCGUUCUCCAGCUUUGCAUUGCAAAUAUACAUGUACUUAUGUCAGAAAAUUUAGGUUACUGUCUAGGUGCAAAGGUAGCAUCUGACCUUGUUGAUAAUAAAGCUGGAUGGGUUGCACAUGGGGAAAAUCAUAUUGGAGAAGUAUCACAUGAUGAAAUUACCUUGUAUAAAGUACAUCAUGUAUAAUAUAUACUGAUAGGUUACAAUAUCAUGUACAUAUUCAGUAAAUAUUGGUGUGGAUUGGUUAAGGGUGACUGACAGUAUUCUUACAUUCGAAACUGUAAACUUGUUUGGGAUAAGACAUGUCUUCUCUGACACUGGGCUACAGUGGAGUACAUUCUGAGUGUGAAAAGACAUUUUGUAGGCCACAUCAAAACUGAGUGAUGAAGGUGCCAAAGCUUUUAUACAGAGAAAUUAUGGGCUCCUGUGAAUUCCUGAAAAGGGUUUGAUUUUGGAAGCCUAAAAUGUGAUUUUCUGGUGUCUGAGCCAAAAAUGCCUCCCAUGCAGAGGAACUAAUGUGUUUGCUAUUUCUUAUUCAAAGCUUUUCUGUGAUGUAUUUGUAAACUUUAGUGUGUUGCGCUGUUAAGGCCUGGUUCCCUUUUUCCACUAAGUAGUUUUUGCAGGCACUGGUGUACAUGCAGUCCCUGGAUGAAGUAAAACAUGGUUGGUAUAACUGUACUUAAUGAUUACUGUGGUGCCUAACUGACCAAUAUCAUUAUUCUCCCUGAAGUUGUUGUUGUCUUACUCUUGUGUGCAUUAUCCUCAUUCUGUGACUCUUAUGGAGACUGCAUCUCCAUAUUCCUUUGUUCAGUCAUAAAAAAGUUGUAAUAGACUUAUGUCAUAUUCA